UCGACAUGUAUGCAUGAUCAGAAAUUAAUUUUAAUUUUAGUUGCUUCGUCAUUAGCUGGAUGGUGUGGACUUUAACUCGCAGACUUAGAGCUCAAAUCAAAGAAACGUUGAACGACGGGGAAGGCGAAAGCGAAGAUUUCAAAUUCACACAUGACGACUUUAAUAGAAAAUUUCAUCAAUAUUACUUACGAUAUUCGUUCAAGUAUUGCCAACACAAGUCUGUUGACAAACACCACUAUCUCGGAUUAUGUACUGCGCACAAUCUACGAUCAAUACUUGCUGGGAAUUUUGGCAAAUAGGACAGCCUUAUCGCCAGAAACAAUCGUUACAACAGUCGAAGCUGUUUACGGCAGCGCUGUGUAUUUACAAGCUGUUUACAAACAACUUCAAGAUGGCCGCGUCAGUUCUUCAAUAAACUCUUUUCAAAGUGCGAACACGACAUGUGGUGGUAGAUUUAACAGCGAUAAUAUAAUCGCUUCAGCUUUUACUCCCGCGAUACUUAUGAUAAUUCUUCUGUCGUUCGUGAGUCGACGUGUCGAGAGAAGGAAUUGCUGUAAUGGAAGGCCGGGAUUGGCGAUACCGGUGAAUCUUUUGGACAGUUACGAAGAUCGGUACACCUAUUCGUUUGCGUUUGCAGCAACUGCGUCGAGUAUCGUACAGGUGAUUGUCGACGACGAUUUCUCUCUUAUUUUGGGAAAUGACUUUCGAACAAUUCAACAGGAUAGUCCGUCGUACGUUAAAACAUUGUUGAGAACGGCUACAGCGAUUGUCAUCGGAAUAAGUUAUUAUCCAUUCUUCGCCUGCAUUUCAACCCAACAGCGGUUGCUCGGAGCCAUAUUGGGAACAAUUUAUUCCACUUUCUGGCUUAUAACUUACCUGUUUCAAGUCAUCGACUGCAAUGGUAGUGGCCAGUUGACGGAAGCCGAACUUGUCGUGAGUAAGGCAACGACAAUCCUAUUUCACGGUCUGCUCUUGCUUGCGUUUAUUCGAGUCCUGGUGCGAUCCACGUUCAGCAAAAGACGAGGAAUAGUAGUGUCCGAGGAUGAAUGGAAGGAAAACUACAAGUACAAACAUGUUCAGAAUCUCCUGAAACAAAUUCCAAAAAGCGAAGACGAUUUGGGUGAUGAAAAAAGUAGUAAGAAAGGUUUGGUUUCGCGUAUUUAUGAAUGGAAACCAGAUUUCAAAUACUCCACUCGAAUCGUCUGCAUCUACAUCACUUGCUGUGCCUGCUUGUACAUGGUGAUGGUGCUAUAUAUUGUUGCCGGUAGAGGUCUAAGGAAAGGGCUUAAUGAAGUGAUCAAAGUAUUAGAGGAUACGGACGAUACAGCCGGAGGAACGACAGGAGUUUAUUGGAACAGGAUUAAAGAAGGAAUUGACGUGACCAUAAUUUGUUGGUACGUGGCCAUAGCCAUUGCGACAAUAAAAGAUAUAGCGAUCAUAGCUAAUAUGCUUUCUUGGUACAGAGGUCAUGUGUUGCGGCUGCAAAAAGGAGAGACAAACUUUCUGCCUUACAAUAUGGACGAGCAGGAACCGGUCGACAUCAUGGUUGCGAGCUUCAAGUUUGGUGGUUAUCAAGCUGGGUACAUCAUUUGGAGUUAUGUGAUUACUCAUUUGGUCGUGUUUUUCAUAAUUUUUCUUCUCGCCCUUGGCUUCAUCUGGCCUUUAACGUGGGGCAGUCUUAGCGAUGCAUUCAUCCCGUCAUUAAUGAUUUCAUUUUGGCCAACUGCGCUCAUCUCAAUCAUUACGAUAGUCGUACAACGACUGUUGGCGAAAUAUGUGUAUCUUCGAGACAAGGGCAAAACUUUGGCCUUGGACAAUCGACGCUUAUUCCACAUUGCGAACUACUUCCUUUUCUUUUUGAACAUAUUUGUCGGUUUGUUUUCCUGUCUCCUUCGUAUUUUCUACGCUGUUCUAGUCGGAACUGCAUUUUUACCGAGAUUGCAGAAGAGCGCUUUGCCAAGAGACUGGGAACUAUUUGAUCCUGGUUACAAAACUUAUAUUGGUCAUCUGUUCCUGGAGCAUACCCACACGAAUCCAGUGCUUUUCAUAUUCAAUCGUCUGAUGUGGGAGGCCGUCAGAAACAACGGCAGAAACCACGGCAGCAUGACAGAGGAAAUUGACGUCGAGGGUGGGGAGACAGUUUCUAGCGGAACGGCAUCGCGUCGAGGAAAAAUCCGCUGGCAUUUAGCACUCACUUUAAUUAAUAAUCCCGAGCUGAAGGAUCUUAGGCGAAAAGAUGAGCAGAAAGCCGAGGAAGCUAAGGGACCUGGGGCCUUUCAACAGUUCAAGACCAAAGUCGUGACCAAAAUCGAAGAGCUUCGCCAUAAUCACGAUGAAAAGUGUCAUCGCAAAGAAUCAAAAUUAUGAAUACGAAACGUCCAUUUUUUACAUUAAAUGUAAACGCUGUAUCAAAUAGAGCUGAAUAAAUUUACCGCUUUUGUUGAA